AUGCACAUGACAGCGCCUGCGAUGCCGUAUGCGCCCACGUCUGACGCCCUCAGCCGUCACGAAUACGGCGUCACGAAGCCGAGGAAGACGACGACUGGCGGAGGAAGGGCCUGGAGCGAGGAUGAGGAACUCUAUCUCCUCCAAACACGCAUGCAGAAAAUGCCAUACAAACAUAUCGCCGCCCACCUAAAGAAAACCGAGCUCGCUUGUCGUCUCCACUACCACCAACUCAGCCACGGGAGCUCCCGCCGGAAGCGUGCCGCAUCUCUCUCCUCAUCUGGCAGCUCUUCUGCCCCUAACAACCACUCCCCCGUCAUGCGCCCCUCGUCCAUGCCCUCGCCCAUCCACGAGCAUGGAAGCCGCUCUGCCUCGCCAACAGACCACUCAGCCUACCACUGUGUCAGCCCCAGCGGUGCGAGUAUCCAACUGCCCAGCAUCUCAUCCACCACAGCAGCAGGGAGCAACACUUCUCCUCGGCUGCCAGUCAUCCUCCCGAAGCCUGCGUCCAUGGGCUUAACUCUCAACACUAUGGUCUCGCCUGCCUCAGCGUCCUCCUCGCCAACCGCCUGCCGUGCCUACCCUAACCCUCUGCACGACAUCCCUCCUCCUCCUCCGCAGGGAAUCACUUCUGCCCCGGCAAGCUACCGCACCUCGUCCAGCUCUACCGCCCCAACUUCAACGACUCCCAAGCCAGCGAGCCGCCCUGGAACUCAUCACAACGCCCCUUCUCUGAGGCUAGACUGUUCCCCGGCUACGAUUCUCCCCUCCCCUAGCACACUUUCAGCCUCUCCUUGCGGUAAUAACUUGCAAGGGGCGAGUCAUCCCGUCGAUAUGGCACGCCUGACAGCCAUCUACAACGCGCAUCGAGCACAUUUCUGGAAUAUGAUUGCUGCCGAGUACGGACAGGGGGCAAAUCCUUGGGUUUUGGAGGGAGCUUGGCGGUCGACAAGUGCGAAUAACAAUACAACAAUGGGGGGAUUUAUGGCUCUGGGGGGAGCUGUGACACCUAUUACGCCUGUUACAAGUCCUGAGGAGGGGUAUGGACUUUGCGGGGGAAAUAACAAUGUGAAUGGGAGGGAGCAACAACAACAAAAGCAGACGAUGAAGUCGGAUAAGACGAGGAUUAGUGCUAUUCUGGGGAUUGAUGCUAGCCCGAGAAGCCCGAGUGAAAGAGAGAUGGUUAGGAGGAUGGAGGAGAGGUGUGCUGUGGGCGUUGUGGGGGCUUAG